CACAUUUUUCAUUCUAGUUUUCAGGGAACUGCUUAGAAUGGUAGAGGCAGCAGUGCAGAGAGAGAUGUCAGCAGUGAGAAAUCUGUCCCUGUCAGAAAGGGUGGAUGUGCAUGACACUGGUAGAGUAGAUGGAGCCAUAGCUGCAAGAAACAACAGCCUAGCAAGCAGCAUCUGAGAUGAACCCCAGGUGAGUUCAGUAGCUCCAGCAGCUGUGGAUUUCUUCCAGUUUUCCUGCUUCCCUCCUCUUGGGGAACCCCUGUUCUGGAUUACAAAGUAGAGCCCAGCGAAGCUUGAACCUCAUAGCUAUCACACAGCUUGAAUUGAAAAGGGAGCCCCAUCCUGGGUAGCUUAGAUAUGUGUUGGUUGUGGCACUUUCCAGGGAGAGAGGAGGUUCCUAUUUAAACCACUUAAGCCAACAAAGGAAUUAAACUGCUCCUCCAUUUAUGAACAUUAGUCUAAUUCAUAAAGAUGGAGAAGUUUGAAAUGCAGCUGAAGAAAGCUGCAUUUUGCAGAAAGUACAGGCCUCUUAUAUUUUGUGUCUUCUAUUAUGAAGAGGAACUGAAGCUCCUCAGCUCAGGGACCUGGCUAGAGGAGUGCUUUUUCUCUCUAUAUGGUUAAAUGUCCAUGGGAGGUAAGUGUAUGGACAACUGGAAUAAAUCAUGCAGCACCACUUAAGUGAAGAAACCCAGUUUCAGCACUUGUAAAAGAGAAAGGGUUUAUCUUUGUAGGCAGUUAUAAACAUCUCUACCUUUUUUCCAGAUAAAAAAAAAUGCAAAACAUUUUCUUUACAAUUUGUUUUCCAUCUCCCACUGUUGCAUAGCUUCUAAAGCAGAAGAUUCAUCUUGUUGCACUAGCUUGCAAUUUAAAGGUUAUGGAAAUCCUCUACAUCUUCCAUAAAAGAGCUGUACUGAAGUUACUGAUCAAAGCAAGAAGCAGUAUGUAGGCUGCCCGAAGUUGUGGCUCAUGCCACAACAAAACCCGACCCCAAAUUCUCAGCUGUACCACAUAACCCCAUUUCUGGAAUAGGGCCGGGAGGGACUGGGAGCACAGGACUGCUGCUAUGCCCCUCACUGAACAAGAGCACAAAACCUCGUCUGCACUGAAGUCUCUCCUAAUAAUUAUAGGCACCAGGGCUUGCUCGGGCAUCCUCCAUAUCCCCCUCCCGUCGUGCCGGGGCAGUUCCUGGGAGCUCCGCAGCUUUCGGCAUGGCAGUGGACUGGUUCGGCUUUGGCUACGCCGCCCUGGUGACAUCAGGAGGGCUUAUUGGCUAUGUAAAAGCAGGUAGUGUUCCAUCACUAGCUGCUGGCCUGUUCUUUGGUGGUUUGGCUGGACUGGGUGCUUAUCAGCUCUCACAGAAUCCAAAUAAUAUUUGGCUUUCUUUGAGUAUCUGCUGCCUGGACUGUACAAUCUCUCAUUUAAGUUACAUCUGGAACACUGUCUGCCAUCAUGGGAACGAGAUUUUACAACUCCAGAAAAUUCAUGCCCGCGGGGCUGAUUGCUGGUGUCAGUUUGUUAAUGGUUGGAAGAUUAGCACUGAAGAUGUUAGAAAAGCCCCAGGAUAAGUAGCUGUUCGUUUUACAGCCUAAUAUUUGGAUAAGGAAACCUGAUAAUGAUGUUGCAUAAAUUCAGAAGCAAGAAGAUGGAACACUUUUCUAUAUCAAGACAUUUUUCCCCCUUUUUUACAUAAAAGGGAGUAGAAUGAUGGGACAGAUAGUUUAUAAACAUUUGUUUAUAUACAUUUGUUUCAAUGAUCAGGUAGACCUAUUUGUGUAUAGAGAGAAAUGGGUCCUGGGUUUGAUUUUUCCAGAUGUGAAUCAGUGUAUUUUAACACUUCCAAUUUUUAUAUUUCAAAAUAUUCUGCUGACAUAUAUGAAGCAGAGUGAACCUGUAAUUAAGAAAAUAACCACAAAGAGGCACCAGGAGUAAUUUGCUAAAUACAACAGUGUAUCUCAAACAGCAUGCUUUACCUGUUGCAUUCUGAGUUGAUACACCACGUCUGUAUAACACCAAACAGAUCUUACAUUUUUAUUGUGAAAUGAUGCUAAAAUGUUGCUUUUCUACAAGUAAAUUCUAUUACAAGCCUUU